CAGGGGCACCCGCGCGCCUCGGGGUCGCGGAGCGGAGAUCCCAGCGUAAGGAGAAUCUGCAGGGAGAGCUGGGGACCUGACCGGCACAGGCAUGCCAGUGCUGUCGGAGGACUCGGGUUUGCAUGAAACCCUGGCCCUGCUUACCUCGCAGCUCAGACCUGACUCUAACCACAAGGAGGAGAUGGGCUUCCUAAGGGAUGUCUUCAGUGAAAAAAGCCUCAGUUACUUAAUGAAGAUUCAUGAGAAGCUUCGCUAUUAUGAAAGGCAGAGUCCAACUCCAGUUCUGCACAGUGCUGUGGCUCUCGCUGAGGAUGUGAUGGAGGAGCUGCAGGCCGCCUCUGUGCACAGUGAUGAGAGGGAGCUGCUCCAGCUGCUGUCCACCCCCCACCUCAGGGCUGUGCUCAUGGUUCAUGACACGGUUGCCCAGAAAAAUUUCGACCCUGUUCUCCCCCCUUUGCCUGAUAAUAUUGAUGAAGAUUUUGAUGAGGAAUCAGUGAAGAUUGUCCGCUUGGUGAAGAACAAGGAACCCCUGGGUGCCACCAUCCGGCGGGAUGAGCGCUCAGGGGCUGUUGUGGUGGCCAGGAUCAUGCGAGGGGGCGCCGCAGACCGGAGUGGCCUGGUCCAUGUUGGAGACGAGCUCCGUGAAGUGAAUGGGAUCGCAGUCCUGCACAAGCGACCUGAUGAAAUCAGCCAGAUCCUGGCCCAGUCCCAGGGAUCCAUCACCCUAAAAAUCAUCCCAGCCACCCAGGAGGAGGAUCGCUUAAAGGAGAGCAAGGUAUUCAUGCGGGCUCUCUUCCACUACAACCCUCGGGAGGACCGGGCCAUCCCCUGCCAGGAGGCAGGCUUGCCUUUCCAGCGCAGGCAGGUCCUGGAGGUGGUGAGCCAGGAUGACCCCACGUGGUGGCAGGCCAAGCGAGUGGGGGACACCAACCUCCGAGCCGGCCUCAUCCCGUCCAAGCGGUUCCAGGAGAGACGAUUAAACUACCGGAGAGCCACAGGCAGCCUGCCGAGCCCCCAGAGCCUCAGGAGGCCCCCAUAUGAUCAGCCUUGUGACAAAGAGACCUGUGACUGUGAGGGGUACCUCAAAGGGCACUAUGUGGCUGGUCUUCGGAGGAGUUUCCGGCUGGGCUGCAGGGAGAGGCCAGGAGGCUCACAGGAAGGGAAAGUGUCCUCGGUAGCUGAGCCUCCAGAGCUGCUGACCUACGAAGAGGUGACCAGGUACCAAUACCAGCCUGGAGAGCGGCCUCGCCUGGUGGUUCUGAUCGGGUCUCUGGGAGCCGGACUGCAUGAGCUGAAGCAAAAGGUGGUGGCUGAGAACCCACAGCACUUUGGUGUUGCUGUUCCACACACCACCAGGCCCAGAAAGAGCCAUGAGAAGGACGGAGUGGAAUAUCACUUUGUUUCUAAGCAAGCAUUUGAGGCCGACAUACAUCAGAACAAGUUCCUAGAACAUGGCGAAUAUAAGGAGAAUCUGUAUGGGACCAGCCUGGAUGCCAUUCAGGCUGUUCUGGCCAAAAACAAAGUUUGUGUGGUGGACGUGGAACCGGAAGCACUGAAACAACUGAGGACCUCAGAGUUCAAACCCUAUAUUGUAUUUGUAAAACCUGCCAUCCAGGAAAAAAGAAAGACGCCACCUAUGUCCCCAGCUUGUGAGGACACAGCAGCCCCACUUGACGAGGAGCAGCAAGAGAUGGCCAUGUCUGCUGCCUUCAUAGACCAGCAUUAUGGGCACCUGGUGGACGCCGUGCUGGUGAAAGAGGAUCUCCAGGGCGCUUACAGCCAGCUCAAAGUGGUCUUAGAGAAGCUGAGCAAGGACACUUACUGGGUACCUAUUAGUUGGGUCAGGUAACUUUAUCCCAGAACAGCCAGGCUGAACUGGACUUUGAUGACCAUAUAGUCCAGCCUCUUUCAUUUCACCAUUGAGGAAUCUCAAGUGCAGAGAGGGGCAGAAUUUUCCACAAAUUCCAUCACUAAGAAGAAUAUAAGCGAGAAGUCUUGUUCAUUGUUGGUUUUGUCUGUUGUUUUUCACUGCCCUUCUUGGGAUCUUGAGUCGAAAGGGGCAUAUCAAAAAACAACAACACAUUUCAUUCAUUAAAGUAUCACAGGAAAGUUGACCCUGAUUUUUUGUACCAAAGUUAAGUAGCCACUGUCUUUUGGGGGUGGUGGUGGUUAAUUUAUACAGUACUGAUUUGUAGAGAUGUUUAAGCUUUAUAAACAUAGCAACUCUUCAUCUAUGUAAUUUUUUUGGAAGCUGUUGUUUUACCCAAGAAGAUUUUCCAUGCAGCUGAAGUUUUCCUGUUUUCAAGCACCAAAAUGUUGAUUUUUAACUCUUUUUUUUUUUUUGAUAGUGAGUGCUUGCCUGAUAAUAAAAAACUUGGCUCUCUGCUUUUUUCAAAUAGUGAGCCCAUGUGACCUUUUUCUGGAAGACUGAGGCACACUUCACCAUGAACAUGAAUUACUGUGCUAUUCUAUAAUACAGUGGUGCCUUCAGGGACUCCUGAGGAGUGUAAGGCUGCUUUUUCCCUUUCUAAAUACCCUCAGAUUCCUAAAACUGAGCCCUUGCUUUGUUUUAAUCUGUUCUGUGUCAUCAGUUGUCUUUCGUGUUACUGACAAUUACCUUGGUUCUAGCCUGUCCCUACUUUCAGAUUAUCGGGGCUCUCAUUGUGCUGGAUCAUGGGAAACCAGAUGACUCCCCCUAUGUCUAAGCCAUGGUAAAGCAUUUCUGACAAAAUAAAAGUAUAUAGACUCAGAGUGUGGGCCU